CAGCUACAAUUGUAUUACAUUUCUAUUUGUCUCUUUACCAAGUAUGAAAAUCUAUUCAUCAAAAAAUAAUAAAAAAAAACAAACAAAACAAAUUAAUUCAUUUCAAUCGACACAAUAUUGUUGUUAGAUAUGUCACUAUGUUAGUUAGUUAGUUGGUUGGUUGAAUGGUACGUUCAUGUGUGAAUGUGUGUGUGUGUGUGUUUGUAUCCCUUUCUGAUCGCUCAUUUAUGUGAUACAUAGAUCAUCAUCAACACAGCUGUUUAGUUGGUUUUUUGUUUUUGAAGACAAAAAAUAUAUCAAUCAUUGCUCUCAUCAUCAUUGAUAUUCUUGAUUUAUUAAAACAAGUCAUUUCACUGUAUGAUUGAUGAUUUACACUUAAUUGAAUAUGUUGUCUAUGUUGUAUGUUUGUGUUGUUUCACACAGAUGAAACACAGUGUUCAUCUAGCAAUGGAUAAAGACAUUUUGUCCCCUUUAAAAAAAGACAUUUUAAACUUGCUCCUUUAAUGAUUAGUUUAGGUUAGUUGUGUUUAAAAUGUUCAUUUCGGGGUUCAAGCUUAGAAGUAAUUAAAAAAAAAAAAUUUUAGUCUAUUCAUGAUUCAUGUAAGUUUUCCUGUUUGUUUUUUUUAAAAUAUUCUACGUCUAACCAUCAUCAUGGAGUUUUAACGAGAUGACCAAUAUCAUAGAUUUAUUUUAACACACAUAUUAGUACAAGGAGGCACCAAAUAUAUAUGCACCACACAAAUCAUUCGAAUACUGCCCGGACACCCAAAAUGAAGCAGGUGGUUUACUUAGAGGAUCACACCCCGAACCAUUGACCUAUAGGUCUAAUUCAAAAGGCAGUGGAACAACGUUAGAGAAUUCAGUUCCAUGGUAGCCGGUGACCAACAGUAGGUUGGUACGUCUUUUGUUCCUUUAGGAUCCUUCAGCUCAUGUGCUGUACUGGCUUGGAGUUUUCCAACUACUCUAGGUGGAUGCUCCAUACCUAUCUACCCGAUUUAAACACCGAACAUUCGUUUUUCGUCCUCAAUGUGGUAAACAACACCUUCGUGAUGAGAAAGGCAGUGAGUAGGACUUCCCUGAUUCUAGCUGUAUACGCGUAGCCAUGUGAGAGUAUUUCGAGAGGGUGACCAGAUUUUCUCCACUCUAGACCGUACCAGGGAAUUUGUUUAAUUUAUAGAACCGUCACAAUGACACUCAUUUAAAAAUUUUAAUUUGUGAGCAUAUAUCAUGAACUUACAUUAGUUAAUAGACCAAUAAAAACCAAUAACCACUGGGAAGAUGUUCUAUCGUGGUAUUGGACUCCUCGGCAUACACUGUGUAGCCGCAACCUAGUUAGAGAUCGGGACAGGGACAUUAAGGUCUCAUGGUGAACGCUUUACUUUUGAACUGACGAGUUAUGACCUAAUAGCGUGUAUUACUCUUACUUCAGACAAAUCACAAUGCCAAGUAUCGUUUUAUUUGGGCACUCCCAUACCACGAAAAAACAGAUGCCUUGUAUUCUUAGUCUUUAAUGGUUGUCUAACUGGGGUUAUCUCGUGAUGUGAGCCCUAAAAUUCAACUAUCUCCACUGACCUCUUUGCACCAUUGAUUUAACUUAGUUCUAUAGAUUUCGAACUGUAUAAUAUUGCUUUCAUUUACAAGUAUACACUUACUUUCAUGUUGAUUCGUUACUUAUUUUUUCUCCUUUCUUCUUUCUGUCUUAUAAAUGUAGAACAAAAAGAUCGUACUCUAUUGAUCCGUAAUACCAAUAGAACCAAUUUAAGUCGUUUAAGCCUUAUGGAUUAUCCGGAUUCGCCUAAUGUAUGCCUUAAAUCACGUCAAAUGUCGGCUGUUGACAGUGUGUCCCGUAAUUCCAGUGACAACAAUCAUGGUGUCGUUGACUAUGAUGGUAGAAUUAAUACAGCAACAUUUGCCUCAUCAUUGUGCAGUAGUAAUCUAGCAGACAGUGGAUUUGUGACAAUACGUCGACCAAAACAACCUUCACGUUUAACAAUAAUCAAUAAUGAUAGUGGUGAUGUUGCAAACAAUCGAUUUUCUUUAACUAGUGCUGGGCUUCUCUCUUCUCUUGAUAACAGUAAUAAUAAAGCAAAAAAUUCACCGAAACAAGUAUCACCAAAAGUCGACACCAUUGAUAAUCGACAUCUUGAUAAUAAUCGUUCAAAUUCUCGCACACUUACACCUCACACCACAGAAGUUACAUCACCAUGUAUUCCAAGAAGAUCGUUAAAUAUGGUGAGAUGAAUAUCAUCAGCGACCUCGUAAUGCCAUUUAUUGUCAAUGUCCAAUGGUGCAAUUUCAACUCAGUUUGUGAUAAAAUGCAACGGUCAUGCAAUGUGAUUGGUGACAACUGUUUCGCUUUUGACAUGCCUCUUCAUUCUCUUAGGCGGUAAACAAUAACUAAAGAGGAAGAAUUCAUGAGUCCUUACCCUUAUGGAAAAAAAAACAUUAUUUUGCACACUUCAACCCUGCGCAUUUAGUUAAUUAGGUAAUAAUAAAUGAUUUGUAAAAUCGUCUUUGAUUAUAAAGUCUUUUCAUUUUUUUCUAUCUUUCAUAGUCAAGCAAAGAUCCAAAUGCAUUCAAUACUCGAACUAUUGGUCAAACAAUGCAUAUUCAGUUGACAAAGAUGUUAACUACCGGUCUUGGUUUCACAUUGACUAGUCGUGAUACACAAACACAAAGUUCACAAAUGUCUGAUCCGGUGUAUGUGAAAAAGAUUUUACCCGAUGGCGCUGCUAUACAAGAUGGACGUUUACUGGCCGGUGAUCGUCUAUUGGCUAUUGACGGUGAAGAAGUUCGUUCAUUAAAUCAAGUUUUAUCACAGUUACGAUCAUUGACACCAGGGAAACAAGUGGAUUUGCUUAUAUCUCGACAAAUUUCUUGUGAUUUAGACUCGAAUUCUCGCAAAUCUUCACAAAAGCACUUACCUCCACGUGUAAGUUCAUUGUGUUCUUUUUAAUGUCAUUUUUUAUUAUGUUUAUUGGUGACUUUUCUUGAUGAGGUUAUGUGGAUUGCAGUGGUUGAAUUUUUCAAAAAUGUACUUAGCGACAUGCUUUACAACAGUAACGUUUUAUUUUUGUCCAAAUACCGAAAUUGUAAUUCCAAACCAUCUGAAUUUAUUACGAUGAUAAACAGACUAGGUUCUUCAGUAAAACUUAGAGACGUAAUUGAUGAUUACGAUGUAUAGUCAAAAUAAGAUUACAUUCUGCUGAAAUUCGUUUCGUUGUUUACAAGAUGGAUUAGAUGGAUAUUGCGAUAAAUUCAGUCUUGAAAUGGUAUUGAAAAGAUUUUACAUACUCUGACCUGUUUGGUCAGAUAUAUUUGUUUUUCUUUGCCAUUUUAUCAGCACAUACCUUACUUCUUUUGGAAGUAACAGUGAACAUCACGUGCGUUAUGUUUAUAUGUUAAAUGGUCGGACGUAGUUGUUAGGAUACCUUUGUUAAUCUAGGUCUAUUUGUAGUUGGCACUCAAUAACAAGUGGUAUCUGGGACUUUAAAAGUAACUGUAGCAUUCGAACCCACUGUUAUAUUAUAUCCCGAUGAGAAUAAGGAAUGGUAACUUUUGGGACCCAUUUAUGGACCAAUACUAUACGUAUAUUUUUGUCGUAUAAUUGUCAAGUAACUAAACUAUUCAUAUUCGUGUCUCUUUUAUUAUGAGCUUUAUUUUGACCUGUGAACUAUUAUUAUACGAUUUACCAUUCUUGAGUUAUGCCCUGUCUGUCAAUUUCUAUCUCCCAUAUUCAUAGCCACUUUUGGCUAAAUUUUGUACAAAUGUUGUUUCCUAUUUUAUGGUACAAUGUGGUCUGUCUGGUUGGUGUAUAAACCCAGUAUGUUUGAAAUACAUUAUUCAUACCACAAAGGCUGAGAUUGGUGUUCUGGAAUCAACAAACAGGCGGGGCUAGGUAGGAAGAAGGACCGAUAAAGACUCUAGACUGCUCGUACAGGUUUUAUGCGUCGAUAAAUUACUGUUCUCUAAUUGGCGGUAUCGUUACGUUAUACAUUAACAGGGCACACAGGUCACAAGUUAUAACACUGACAUCGUCCUCUUUCACAGUAUGAGAUGUUACUACUGAGUUAUUCGGGGUGUAACUAACCACCUUUAAUACUGAGAUAUUUACAUUGAUUAAUCAAUGAUUGGUGACUAAUAUUUUGUUUGUCUGGUCCUUUAGAACUGAUUAAAUCCUAUCGAUCAAGUGUGAUAGUAUUGAUAAUCUUCGUGGAAUAAUGAAAUCUGACUGACUGCUUAAAAACAACCACUUACACACAAUGAUCCAGCUACAUUAAAAUCAUUUUAUUUACAUUUGGGUUCGAGUCCUGGGUUAAACAACAAUUCGUGGAUGCUUGACGAGUCCCAAAAAAUAGGACGAAACACACGUUUUAGAUUCCACUUUUAGUCAUUAUCUAUCUCACCCGAUCACUGUUUGUUUUUUUGUUCACUGUGAACUAGUAAACGUCAUACACGAGACUACAAUAUACCUUACUCAUUUAGUUUACCUAUUAUUCAGGGUUGCUCAUGUUUGUUUGUUUGUUUAUUUAUUUAUUUUUGGUAAUUUCUAUGAUAAAAAUUAAUGUGAGAAAUUCUCUUCUUUUUAUCAGUGUGAUCACUGUAGUUGAUUGAUAAUUAUCACUGGUAUUUUUAAGAAGAAGAAAAAAAUCUUCUGUACACAUUCCUAAUCAAACUGUCAAAUGUUGAUAGACACCAUUGAACCUUUUUUCUGGUUCCACAUACUCUAUUAUCUGUGUAUGUUUGUAUGUGUGUGUGCGUGUGUGCGUGUGUAUACUUACCGAUUAUGUUGAGAGAAUGAUAACGAAAUAGAAAAGAAAGUGAUUGUGUAAAGAACACAGAAGAAAGGUAUUCAUUUAUAUGUUAAUGUAUUAUUUAUCAAAGAAGUUUGAGAAUAAUCAUUUCGUCUUUAUGGAUUUAAUAUGAUAACUGAUAAUUUUAUCACGUUUAUUGACAUUGAUUUCAAAUUAUAGUGCUUUUUUCUUUUCAUCUUAAUUGUUAGGGUCAACUUUUGUUUAUGAAUAAUGGAAUGUUUUUUUUGUUGUUGCCUGGUACUGAACUUCGUACAGUCAUUCAUUCAGUAAUAGACAUUGUCAAAUUUGAUAGAUAUGGAACUUUGAGUUGAUGAAGAUUUGUAGUUAAGAAGGUGUAUGAUUUCUAUUGAGUUUUGUUCUCUGAGCUGAAUGGUUUAAUCGUGGAUUUUUUUGUUGUUGAUGCUUUUUUGAUGUUGAUGAUGAACAUCUUUAAAACGAACUGUUCCAACUGUGAGAAACACUACAUUGGAUAAGUAGGCACCUUCUUUAUCUUCAUAAUGUGUCUACAUUGGUAUCAAUGCACGUGGAUACAUGUUCAAUUGGGAAAAUGUUGAGAUUUUGGAUAGAGAAAAUAUACAGAAGAUCAAAGUGUUUCUAAACACUUGGAGUUAGGUAAAUCAACGAUCAAUAAACACAUCAAAAUCGACCCAAUUCACCAACCAUUUGGAAAAGUCAUGGACCUACAUAUGAUCAUGAAUCAGGUCAUGUUCUAAUGUAGGCAUCAACAGGCUACUUUUAUGCUAAAUCUAGAAUGUGACGUUGAUCAUUGGUUAGACUUGAGUUGUUGAGUUAUGCAUCUUAUUUUUGAUAGUUGGAUUUAUCUAACUUACAGUGGUUGAUUGAUGACUUAGUUGGUUAAAAACCUUGACUUUCAACCAAUAAGUCUCAGAUAGAAAUCUUACUCUGCCUAGUUUGGUUUUGGUAACUGGGUAGGAUUACAUUAGCUCUUACAUAAUAAAUAUGUUACUUAGAGCAAAUCACAUAAAUAAUUGUACUUGGUGAGUCAGCUUCAAAUAAUUAUCGGUUGUUCUUAUUCAUUCCUUUUUAUUAAUAUUUAGCCGUUUAUGACUUGUACCUUUGAGUAUCAAAUUCCAUUGGAUACUACUACUAAUCAAUCAGAUACUAUAAAAGGACCUCCAGUAUUAGGAAUCAAUUUCAAAUGGUCCAAUGAUAUUUUAACAUCACCAUUAUUAUCUUCAUCCCCAUCAUCACUACAGACAGUAACUACAAAAUCAAUUACAAGACCAGCUUCUCCAUCUCAGUAUUCUCCUAUACCAGGUUUAUAUGUCGAUAGUCUUCUGCCUGAUACUCUUGUUACUUCAAACAAUCAUGUAACUGUAAAAACUGGCGAUCGUCUUGUUGCAAUUAAUGAGGAAUCUGUAGAUGGAAUGAAUGCUAAAACUAUUGUAAAUAAGUUGAAAAAUGUUAUCAAACAAUGUCAUGAGCGAAAUAUUAGUAACUCCGAUCAAUCGUCAGCCUCAUUCACUCUCACUGUUCAUCGAUAUAAGAAUCAAAAUGAUCGUCGAUCAAGUGUUGGAGAUACAUUGAAACUAACAUCUGCACAUCCAUCAAGGUAAGAUGAUUUCUAUGUGUUUGUGUGUGUAAACAAACUUUGUAGUUUUGUCAAAAUAUUUGAUUUACUCUUCACAUUGAGACUUUGGUUUAGAUACGAUCAGUAGGAUACGUUUUUAUCGUUCAUCGUAACCUAUCGAUCAAAUUUUAUUAAGUGACUGAAUAUUACCAUCCAUUUUGCUUUGAGGUUAAUACCCAAUGACGCAAUAUUUUAUGCAAUGCAAGCAAUAAAGUAUCGUGAUUUAUGGAAUAGAGGUUUACUGUUGUGAUGAUGUUCAGUCUGACUUGAUGGUCUAAUAACUUGACCUGUAAUACAUCCAAACCCAUUCUUUAAAUCAUUAUUUAGGCUAUCAGUUUUGUGUUAUUGUUACUUGUUCUGUUGUCGAUUAGUGAAUGUAAAUGGUUCUCAUGAUCAAUGGUGGCUUAGUGAUUCAAACACUCAAUUUUAAAUCGUCAGAUUGGAUGUUCGAACCUCUCACCUGGAUUCUACUAUGUAUCUUAAAGAGGCAUAGUGUCAACAAUCUUCAUAUAUGAAUCAAAACUCUGUAGAUACUUAGUUCACGAAUUACAUUUUUCCACUGAAAUUAUUCCAUCUCAUGUUGUCUUCACUGAAACACAAGCCUAACAGUUGAAGAUUAUUGCUAUCAAGUACAAUGAAUAAACUGUCCACAAAAUAUGUUAUUAUACUACGAAGCUUUCAUUAUUUUUCAGUGCUUAUUCCACGUAAAAAUGAACUAUUUAGUUGUCUGCCCAUUCUCAGUAAACAUAGUUACACUCGCAAUUUUAUCACAGUGCCUAGUAGGUUGGUGCAUCAACAAAAGAUUAUCUUCGUAAACCACUAAACAAAUCUCGUGUUGAUUGAAAUUAGAAAUGUAAACCAUUCGGUGCUAAUUUAAUUGUUUAAAGGUUAAGUGCACAUCGUGAUACCUAAAAGUUUUAGGUUUCGACCUGCCACUCGCUGGUUGAAAAGGACUCUUACACUAGGAUAACAUAACAUUCCGGUCCUUUUUUCCCAUGAUCAGUGUUUUCACGCACAUGAUAUUCAUCCCAGAUAUUAGCACAAGGAUUUUAAAGUGGUUCGGAAUCAACAUCCGUCAUAAGUCAACCGGAUCAUUUUAUUCCAUUUUAUGUAGACUGAAAAACAAAACAUCGAAGUUGAACAUGAAAUAUUAUUUACAAAAUACAUUGUACCUACUAGUAUAAACAUCAUCUUGAACAUCCUGUGUCUCUAUACACAUCAACCAACAAAAAAUAGCAGUAAAAAUGGCAUGAUAUCCUAUCAGUGCACGUAGACAACCACGUAUUUCAAUGUAAAUAGGAAAACGUGAAAAUUAUAGUCCGCGAAUAUUCUGGUAUGAUGAUAUUCAGGUCAACUAUUAAACAGGUCAAUAUAUAUUUGAUUAACCGAUCUAUGCAAAAAAAGCCAACGUCGAUUUGCAUCGUUAGAUUUUAGUCAUGCGAACACAUUCAACUGGAACAAAAUGAUAGGUGAAACUGAUUAAAACGUGGAAGACAAUCAUUCAUAGACUAGUUCGUCAGAACAGAGUAACUUAACACUUGUGGAAUGACUAAAAGUCUCUCCUCUUUUUUAUAUGGGAGGUAAGCUCUACUGGUAUUGCCCAAAAUAACAAUGAAAGUUUUCUGAUCAAACCAUUCAGCUAAGAGAAUACAACACAACUCGUGCUAUAAAUUUUCUCUAUAAUUUCAUUGUUAAUUACUUACGCCCGUUACCCCUCGUGGAGGGGCGUAGGCCGCCCUUCAGGACUCUCCAUCGAACUUUGUCCGGUAGCUCUUUUAGGGUUACUGCCGAUCCCAAGCCUGGGUAAAAGAAGAGGAUUGGGCAUGGGGUCAGCAACCCUAUCUCGUAGAAAAAAGCCUUGCUAAAAAAACGCUAGCCAGAACAAACAAUUUAAACCAUCUAAUUUCAAUCUAUUAUUAACUUAUUUGUGUGCUGAGAGCUCUAAAGUAUUAGAGUGUAAUUAGUUUUUGGUCCUAGUCUCAUUCAACUCUCUCGCUGAUGGAGAUUUAUAUUGAGAUAAGUUUUAUAAUGUAUAGGCUUUAGAUAGCAAAUAUAUAUUCACAUUUAUAGCACUGGGCUGGAUGAUCUAUAUGUGGAAUAUUUUUUAAAUUGAAUUGACUUAACAGGUGGUUUUUAUAUUCCAUUGAACAUAGAUUCAUCAAGAUUUGAUGAUAAAUACAUUCAUUGUUGUAGUUAGUUAUGAACUGCAUAGGACUUGGUACAGAGAUGUAUAUCAACAUGAACUGCUACACUUCAAAUCACAUCAUCAAUAGAUUGACAGUAAUAUCAAUAUUAGUGUAAACUAAUUUUGCUCUAUAUUUAUUACGAUCGUAAUGAAAAUUAAAACUCUUGUAUAGUUCAUUUAUUUUGCCUAUAACCUUCACAUGGAAUUUAUUCAGGUAUUUCCCACAAAACAGUAAUGACCACAACAUUCUAUAAACAAAACUAUCAGAUCUCUUCUUAUCUUAGUUGUAGACACAUUAAAACAAUACGUGGUGAAGCAGUAGAAAAGAGUCAUCCUGGUCGUCAUGAACAUAGUAAAUUGAAUAGCCCAGCUGAUUCACAAGAUACUUGUUCAUUAUCGUUUACAUUAAAUGAUAGUCGUCGACGUCUGUUACAUAGAUCUGACUCAAUAUCUUCUGAAAUUGGAUCACAUAUAUUGCAUCAUGAUUAUCAUGGGGAUUCUCAUUCACAUUUAUCUAGUCAAAGAUCAGAUAUUCAUGAGGAUAAUCAUCUGUUAUCAACAGAAUCGUUGUUAAAAGUAAACUAUCCUACAUCAAGAAAUUUAUCAGUACCAUCUAACAGAAAUUUUUUACGUGAUGGAUUUGGACGUCGUAGUGUUUCAGAAAAACGUCAUGGUCAUGUGGAUGCUUCACAAUAUUCGUUUUUUCAAACAAAUAUCCUUCCUAAUCGUUAUAAAAUGCCAGAAGGUAAUUUUAGUCUGCUUAGUAUUUCACUAAUUAGUAUAAAUUUUAAAAAAUGACUUAGCAAAUUAAAUUCAUUUGAAGAUUGUUUUCAACUUGAACUGACUAACUUCAGAGAUACAACUUUUAUACACUAAUCAACAUUCUGCAAAUGCUUCGCUUUAUUCCAGGAUUCUUCAGUAAUACACUUCACAUAUUCUACUUAUAGUCGGACUCAGAACAAUGAGAACUUAUGAUGAACAUUUAGAUCACCCGGUUGGGGACCACGGCUUCAAUUCCUACUGACAUAACUUAAUCUUUAUCGACUCUUAUCGGUGAACCAUUAUCUCAUUCGAGAUUUAGUUGACUCUACAGAUCACAACAGAUCAUACUGAAUUCAAUUCAUCGGGGUGGGGUGGGACUAUUUGUGUCAAAUUAUCGUACAACCUACUCAUCUCUACUCAUAAAAAUAACUAAAUGGUAACAUAGGCAAGGAUGGAUAAUGGCUAGCGGUAGAAUCCAAGACGCGUAUUUCCCUCUAUUUGGGACUCGUCAGCUGGAUGUACCAAGUGAGUUUAAACUUCACCCCAUCGCAUAAGCAAGUGGCUCUCAGGACCCAGUAACUAAGUGGAUAACGCAAUGGUAUUUGAAGUGAACGGUCCCUGGUUCAAGUCUCGAAGUGAACAUAAACAUUGAGAAGAUGCAUGUACAUCCAGCCGACGAGUCCCAAAUAGAACGAAAUCCGCGUCUUAAAUUUCACUGCUAGCCACUAUCCAUCUUUGCUUAUAAUGCUUAUGAAUUAAGGUAAUGCCGAGGCAAUACGCACGGGAAUCACAUAUGUCAAUAAGAGACUAACCGUUAGAUAAUACCACUACAAGCUUAGAGGUGUUCAUGAAAAUAAUGAUGAAUGAAUAAUAAAGUAAUUAAAUCAAUAACAAAUUCAUUAAACCAUUUUGUUAUAAAAAAAAUUGUCAGAUUCCAUCAUAUCUAGUACGUGUAUUGAGAAUAUUUUCAAUAAAAUGUUAAUAAUGGUCACGUAAUAACGAAACGAGUAUAGUUUAAUAAUUAUGUGUGAGCAAAAGACCAACUAAAUAUGUGAGAAUUUUGUCGAUAAAGCAGAAAGGAGAGGAUAACAUAUUAUUUGUAACUCGCUUCAGUGUUGUUAAUGCUGAUUUCCAAGAUGUUGAUAAACAAUAUUCCACUAUGCCAACAACACGUCGACUUAAAAUGCAUAAAGCUCGAUUAGCCGCUGUUGCUGCCAAUGUAGAUUCAUAUUCCUCGAUUGGUGGAGGAGGUCUAAUAUUUAACAAUUCAACAUCAUGUACAAGCUCAGGUCCUUUAAAAGCAUUACAUCCAUCAGGCAAUGUACUUCCACAAUCUUUAUCAAAUACAUCUUACCGAGGUAUAAUAUUGAAUGCAUAUUAUUAUUUAAUGUUUAUUCUUUAUUAUUUAUUAAAUUCGUUGUAUUCCAUCUCAGUGAUUACAUCAUCAUUCAUACUUUGUUUACACUAAGUUUCUUUACAGUCCAAUGACUGAUUUUUAGUAAUAUUUUAUUUAGGAAUUCAAUUUUCGAUUAUUAAGGUUAAUCACGCUUGAAUUUCAUUCAAUUUGACUUUAAUCAUUGAAUCGUGUUAUUUGACUCGAAUUAUUUUUUUCAGAACUAUAAGUUGUAAUUUGUUGUAUCUGACCCUGUAAUGAGUAAUUAAUAAGCGUUGUGUUUGUUGUUUGGGGAUAUCAGUUUCCUCAAUGUUCAAGAUAUAACAGAUUAGGCAUAAACAUCCAAAUUUAUUUUUUUAAACACAUAAACAUUGGUACAAGGAGGCACCGAAUAGAUAUACGCCACACGAUGAACUUGAUUUGUGUGUGGGCUGUGAUACUGCCCGGGUGCCCGAACUGAAAUAGGUGGUUUGCUGAGGGAGCCACACCCAGAAACUUCGACCUAAUGAUCUGAUCCAAAAGGCGGUGAAGCAGACCCCGUGGUAGUUGGUGAACAACAAUAGGUUCAUACGCAAUUUGUUCCUUCAGGAUAUUGAAGCCCAUGUGUACCAUUAGUUUGGAAUGAUGGUUUUCCAACUCCCUUAUGUGGACUCUCCGUAUCCAUCAGCCCGGUUAAUGCUCCGAACAUUCGGUUUUCAUGCUCUUAAUUUCGCAAACAACACCCGUGGUGCGAGAAUGUAGUGAGUAGGGCUUCCCUGGUAGUGGUUGUAUGCACGUGACCAUGUGAGAGCAUUUGGAGUGGGAGAGUUGACUCUCUCCACUCUCAGCCGUAUCAGGGCAUUUGGGGGCAGACAUCCAAAUAGUAAAAUACUACCUUAUUGUCUAUAUAACUCUAUAAAAAACAUAUCUGAUAUCUGUUUUAUUGAAUCAUGAAUGACCUACUGAAAAACGUUUUAUGUAUUUGCCUUUGGUUUAGUUUGAUGUUAAUCUUGUUACUUUAUUGUCACUUGGCUACUACUUAGUAAAAAUCUAAUAUACACCCUACUAACAGGUUUUAACUAUGUGCAUCGCUUGUUUGAAACAAUAGUUUUUCCGUAUCAAUUUACCGCUGAUUGUAGUAAAGUGGCUUAUCAAUUAUGUCCCCUCCUAGUCAAUAAUACUACCGUGUUCAGUCAAAAAGGUGUUUGAAAUCUGUCGAUUUUGCUCCUUUCCAUUGAAUUGUGUGGCUGUUUAUUUCGUUUAUUCUGAUUUGCAUAUUCGCCUCAUUCAUUAUAUAAAAGCUGAUUCUAAUCAAGGUAGUCUCUUUCAAGCUAUUUACCUUUGUGCGUAUGUGUUGAUGUGUGUGUGGAUGUGAAUUCCACAUACACUAAGUCCAUUUACAGUAUUGUUUAUCCUCGGCUUUAGUUGUCGGCGGUAGUACUGUUAGACUGUCGGGUUUUUUUCACUGAUUUUUUUCUCCCACUUAACCUUACUAAUACGUACUCUACAUAAGCAAUGAAAGUAUUGAUUGUGUUUGUAUUUGUUACUCAGACUUUUCAUUAUAUCACUGAAGACGAUAAGUACAUUCAAUUAUCCGACUACACAUCAUAUUAUCCAGUCAAACCUAUUAUCAAUCAUCAGUUUCUUUAGCUAUUGUUCUUUUAAGUGCCAACAUUCAACAGAAAAGUUAAUUUUGAUUCAAACUUUUAUUUACAUCCGUGAUCAUUGAAUACAUCCAUCUGUUGUAAUAUUUUCUUUUAUUUUUAUCAUUCCAAACCAACACUUCGUUCUUAAUCAUUCCUACAUCAUCAUUUUAACUAUUGUUAACACAUCUUCAAAAUGUUCUGAAUUGAUUGUUUUUCUCUAGCAGGAUCUAAAUGUUACUUGAUGACACUUAUAGUGAGAUUUCAUUAUACUUCUGAAAUUUGUUGGAUUAAUUAAAUUGCACUUCAGUACAUUUCGUUUUCAGUCUUCAUCUGACCAUGGUCGUUAUCUUCAGUGAAUUAAAAAUCACUGUGUAGAUUUUUAUUGCUUCUUGCCAGUUGUCUGUAAGAGUAGUCGUAUUACGUCAAUAGAUGUUUUGGAGUGUAACCGCUAAGUCCUUGUAACAUAAGUAGGCUGGAAAAUAUUUAUAGACGAUCAUCUCAAGACAUCUUAUCCACAUAUGAAGUUAUUGACUCUUCUCUUGAACCAGUUCUAGGAUACAUACGUCUUGAUUUGGGCUUAUGCACUACUCGUAAUCAGUAUUGACUUGAUGCGUUGAAUUUUAUGUGAUAAACGUAGUCAGUGUUAUGGUUGCAUUCAUUCUCUAUUUUACUUCAAAAUAUCGAGUUCAGUAUCAUUGCUAAUAUUCCAAUCGUCGGUCGUAUUUUUACUCUGAAAAUGUAUUUCUCGUGUUUCGAUUUUCACUGUAGUUGAAGUUUAUUGCUAUACUUUGCUUCUCAGCUAGUCAAUUCCCUCCCUUUCUCUGUGUUUGUAUUGAUGUUAGGUAUGACAACUGGAAGUGUUCUACACUCUUGUCCCAAAUCUUUUUUUAUAAUGGCUAACUGAUAUUAUCAAAUCCAAUUUUUGUGUAUAUUGUGAGGCGGUGACCCAGUAGUUAUGGCAUCCGACCUUCAGACACUAUUUUGCAUAUCCGGACUCCCCACUCCACCUACUUUGAUUGGGCCAACUAGAUAAUAUCACUAGACCUCACAUUAAAAGUGUGGUUCGAAGCCAAGAACAUAAAUCUAUAAUUAAUAAAUGAAUCAAUAAGUCCAAUAUUUAAACAAAGAAUAUUUCUUCCGAUGAAUUCUCUUCAGGUCCUACCAUUCAUAUAUCCAAACCAAUAAUCCGAAAAACGGCCAGGUUAAGGGCAUGGUGCAUCGUUUAAAGUUAAAGCAUGUGAACUUAGGAUUGUCAAACAAAAUAGAAUAAAAUUGUUAAUGUUGAUUGGUUUAUACUGGCACUAUGACCAGUUUCUACUAGAUGGGCAAAUAUCGAGCUGUUCACUUUCUUCAUCAGACCUUUGCUUAGCCACAUUGGGUGUUCACGAGCACGAGAAUGCAAAUUCCUAAAACUUCAACCAAUAUAAUUUGCUCCACAGGAGCAGUUGAACUGAUAAAUACAAAAUGAGGUGGUCAUUCCAGGUAAUUCAACUUUUAACCUCUGUGUCACUACUGGGCGUGUAGAAAACACUAAUCGUAGUUCUCCGGCGUUGAAAGAUUUUUGGGUUGUUCUGCGUAAUCUCCGAGUUAAUAUCUCGCUAAUCGCAUCUCUAAAUUGUAAGCGCAUGAACAGGGAUUUUUUAUUCACCGUUUAUAUUUCGCCUAUUCUCACCUUUGUGAUCAUAUACUUAAGUGCAAAAUUUUUACGGUAUUCGUUCUCCCUAAUAGUCUUACUUAAGGUAAUUAGCUCUUCUUCACCUAUAUCCGUAGAAUAUAUAGUACGUAUUCGGUAACUAAGAGUUUUGAUCGGGUUUCUUUUGUACAAAGCUAGGGAGGUGUGUGUACUGUCAUUUCCAGGUAUUUUUUCUACUUAAAUUCCUUUUUAAUGAUCCAUUCCCCCUCUUAGUUAAGGGAACGUCCAAAAAGGCUAUUCUACCAUCACUCUCUUCUUCAGAUGUAAACUCAAUAGCUGGAUGUACUUCAUUAAACUGCGUAAGAACCUCUUUCUGUGAUGUAUCAUCCACAUAUCGACAGUAAAAUGUGAAUUUUUGAAUAAUCUUUUCAAGUGGACCAUUUUCUAGUUUGGCUAGAAAAAUGUUAGCUAGUAUAUGGCCUAAUGGUGAACUCAUUACAACCUCAUCCGUUUGUCUAUAGAUUUCUCCGUUGAACUUGAAAUUUACCUUUAUGGUGCAUUUCGUCCAGAUAAAUUAGCUGGACGAAACGUUUGAAUUAUUUAGAUUUCAAUCGCUGAGAUUAUUUCACAUAUAAUGAUUUGUGAAUAAUGAUGUUACAUCCAAAGACAUCAUCUUUAGUCCCAAAGUAUUUGCAUUUUUGAUCUUGUGAACAAUUCGGAAUACAUCCUUAAUAUUGUUUUAUAAGUUUUUCAUCGAGAGGUUUCAAUAAAAGGUGCCAGUCAUUUAGCUAUAGUAUGAUAAAGAGAGUUAUCCAUAUCUAAACUUGGUCUUAGUGGGAUCUCCGGUUUGUGUACCUUUGGUUAUCCAUACAAUCUUGGCCAUAUAAGCUGAUUCCAUAUGAGUCAUAUCAACAAUUAUAAUUUUAUUCUAUUUUGUCUGAUAAUCCUAAAUUUACAUGCUUUAACUUUAAACGAUGCACUUUGCCCUUAAACUGGUCAUUUUUUGGAUUGUUAAUUUGGAUAUAUGAAUCGUAGAAUCUGUAAAGAAUAUUCUUUAUUCAAAUAUUAGUCUUUUAAUAUGAUGGGGUUCUUUAAACAAUCGAUAAGUGUAUAUAUGUGUUAUGGAGAUUUGUUGAUCAAGUGGAUUAUUUUGCUGUUGUUGACUUCUCCAAGCUAAAUAGUUGAGAAUUGUGGAGCUUUCAUUGUCAUUCUAGGCAAUAUAUUUAGCCCCUACCCCCAUGAUGUAACCAUCUAGCUUGGAGGAUUCAAUACUAUACUCUUUGUAUCUUCAAUUUUUGACCAAACAACCGGUCAAUCUAACUGAACAUAUCAAAUAUAUUGUGCUACGCACGUCAGGAUUGAAUGUAUUUCAUUCUCUUAAAAAAAAUAUAACCAGUUAUUUUAAUGCUUUUUCUUAGUUUGUUCUGUUUUUGUUUAUCUACAUUUUUACACCUAUACAUUUAUGAAUGUAUUUAAAACUAGGUUCGAAAAAUUCCCAAUCCAAAUCUCUGUAAGUCUCUACUUGUGGUGAUAAACAGCGGUAGUCAAUUAGUCAACCAGUCAAUGAAAAUGCCAUUGUCUAACACUAAAAGAUUUUAUUAUUCACUUCCUCAUUUAUUUUUGUUGUUGUUGUUGGGCUAUUGAUCUUUUUAGCUUGUACUAAUAAUCUACACUGAGGUGUGUACACAUAUACAUAUGGAUACAUAGAUUUAAUUUAUUAGUUUAAUUAUUGUUUAACGUCUCACUUUCUUUAUGGGCUGUUUUUUCUAUCUUUUUCACCCCUAAUAUUCUACAAUAGUUUUUAUUAUAACCAUUAUUAUUGUUAUUGUUUUUAUGGUUUCGACAAAUUUUUUGUUUUGCGAAGUUUUCACGUAUUCUUUUUUUUACUAGUAUAGAGGUUGUGGAAAUUAUUAAGUUUUUAAUUGAGAUCAUGAACCGAUUGAUGUUAGACUACCUUUAGAAACCUGGAAGCACUGGACGGCCGUUUCGUCCUAUUGUGGGACUUCUCAGCAGUGCGCAUCCACGAUCCCGCUCGCGGGAUUCGAGCCUAGGGCCUUCGGUCUCGCACGCGAACGCUUAACCUACUGUUCUUUUUUUCCAUGGUUCUAUAGAAUAGGCUUUUUUCAAGCUAAUUCUCUUGUUUUUCCAUAAUCCUACGACUGAAAAAUUGUCUAUGUCGAGUUUUCAUAUUUGGUCCAACUACUUGCAAUUAUCAUUAAAUUUAUAAAUUUCCAGCUUCCGAUCAUAUAUACUUUGACUGAUAAGAACUCGACAAAUGUGUAAUCAGUUACUGUGUAAAUUUAGAAUGUAUCUCGGCAAUCCGAUUAAUGCAUCCUAUGCGUAUUACGGCUGGUAAUGCCACCAUAUCACCCAGGUCAGAGCGUUUGGAGCAUAGUUUACAAUUCCAAUUCAUCUGUUACAAAUCAAGAGAUCUAACUUCUAAGCUAAUACUACACACUAUCAGAACAUUAAUUGGUAUAUCAUGCAUUUUUGUUGGAAGAUCGAGUAAAAACCAACUGUGGAUACGAUUUGUAGCUCAGGUGGAUGAUUUUGAUGGAUUUUUUUCUUUGAGCUGGAUGGUUUGGUCGUGGAGCUUUCAUCGUUCUUCUGAACGGAAUUAUUAGCACAAAAUUUAGGUGGAAAUGAAGUGUUCGCCUUUUGAAAAAACACCACCUGAGCUACAAAUCUCCAGCAGUAUUGUUUAAACUCCUACCUGAAGUUUGUGCUGAUAAUUUCGUUCAGAAGAACGAUGAAAGCUUUACGACCAAACCACCCAGCUCAGAGAACAAAACUCCAUCAAAAAACCAACUGUUUUUAGCUUUUUGAUAUGAUUGUCCUAUUGACUGGUUUUUGGAUAAUCUGUUUUCUUUACCAUUUUAUGGAUCAGUUAGUUUCAAAUGUUUUCCUAGUUUCACUGUUUAACACCUUUCUCAUUCUGUUUGAUUGUGUGAUAUUCGACUACAUUUUUAAAAUAAAUAAGAAAAGUACUUUUUAAGUGGUUCUUAUCAUUGAUUGACAUCAAUUGAAGUACUACUGAAAACUAAUUAGUCUUGGGGAGCUGUUGAAUAAGGAUCAUCAGAAGUAAUGAACAAUCACGACUCAUCCCUAGAUCUUGAACCCAUAGAUAUGUAGAUCCCGCGAUGAACACUUUACUAUUAGACCAAUCUCUACUUAUUUAUCAAUCAAAUCAAAAUCAAAGAAUACUUGACCAUAACUGUUCACUUGUUUAAAUUUAUUUACAAAUAAAAUACUUGCUAUAAUAAUGUAAUGAUUUAAUGAUAAUUGAAUAAUUAUAAUCAGAGGGGUUUUUGUGGGCAUUAUAGUAAUUUAAUAGUUGGAUUCAUGAGUCAAUUGAAACUAGACCACCAUGGAAAACCAGGAGUUCUAGUGAGAAGCCAUAACCAGUGGAGUUCAACCGAGUCACGCCCUGAAGACAAUGAUGGACGGGGUGGUGCAAUUUCGUGGAUUGAUUGAAGUUAAACGUUAACAUCGUUGAAUGCCAACUCUGUGGUCCAGAGAUUAAGCGUUUGCGCGCGAGACCGAUAGACCCUGGGUUCGAAUCUCGCGAGGCGGGAUCGCGGAUGCACACUGCUGAGGAGUCCCCGUACUAGGACGUAACGGCUGUUCAGUGCUUCCAGGUUUUCCAUGGUGGUCUAGUUUCAAUUAACUCAUGAAUUCAACUAAUAAAUUAAAUAAUUAAUAUCAUUAUUAUUCAUUUAUCUCAGAAAUCUCUUUCACAAAUAUCUACAAUGUAUAUGAAAAUCUAGUUUUAUUCAUACAAACAAAGAAUGGUUUAUUUGUUAUAAUUAAUUUCUAGAUUACUGUUAAUAAACUUUUUUUUCGGAGGUAUGUUCAUUAAACCUUAUUGUUUUGCACCAUAUAUACUCUCAAUUCUUUCGCAGUAUAUUAGCCAAUCAGUUUUGUAGGUCAACGUUUUAGUUUUCUAAUUAUGAUUGGCUAGUUUUAUCUCAUUUUCUAUUGGCUAAGUAGCACUUUUAUAUGAUAUAUGCCUUUUUUUAUGUAUCACAUUUAUGGUUCCUUAAAAUAUUGGGAAAAUACUGUACCGCGUUUGCUAUUGACACAGAUUUAUUGAUCUACUUCGAAUUUAUAUUCUUUUCCUGAAAUUUAUCAAUUAAUGCACACUACUUUAGUCGUAGUCAAAGGUGUAUAUUAAUGGCUCUCUGAAACUUGAAAUUCUGAACCUACAAACCUCCUUAUUGUCAUGGUUUUCAUCGCCUAUUGGAUAAGAUCAUAACUAUUCACCAUACAUUGGAAAUUACGUAGUCACUUAUUUAGCUUAUGUGUGUAGAUUUAGUGUUGUGAUGAUUAGUAUUUUAAAUCUGUAUAACGAUAUAAAUCAAUUACGAAUCAGGAAUAAACGAGCUAUGAUGAUUGUAGACUUCCAAUGAACAAUUGUGUAUGAUUAUCAUGUGAAUGGAGUCUGUAAUCGUUCAUAUUUCAUCAUCCCAGUUCCAAGGUAUGUAAUAUCAUUUACAAUCUAAUCUAUUCAAAAAGAGCAAGCUAUUGUCUUUACAAAUAAACUCACUCAGGUAUAGAUUUGAUCAUCAUGGUCAUUCUUUAUCUGCUAUAGUGGAGCUGUAUUAUAAAAAAAAUUUGUACUCAAGUUUCUACGUCACUCUCUGUGUUCUGUGAGAAUUACAUGACUACUCUGAUCGAAGUAAAUGAGACAAGAUUCGGAAAUGUGGUUGUGAAUAUCGUAAGCAAAAGGAUUAAGCUUAGUUUAGACCAUCAAUCUUUAACGUCUCUUUUCUGUAGCCAUUUUGCAACGAAGUCAGAAGAACAGAAAUCGGUUUAACCUUCUCCAACCAACACACGCAAUGUUGAAUUAUGAGGUCUUUGGUGAUUAAUAGACACUGGGUCUCAUCAUUGGUUUAAAAUACAAACCCCAGUCGCGAAAUCUAAAGAUCCUGAUUGCAGUCUUUUGUGGGGAGGUAGUACGUGAUCACUCUUAAUAAAUCCCUGUUGGGAAGAAAUAAUUGUCAGUAUCUCUUGGUUUGUAAUGAUUGUUUGACUAAAGCCAAUCCGUAAUGUAAAAUAUCCAAUGAACAAUCUCCACAGAUCUCUUGCACUAAUGAUCUUGAAAUAUUGAACUAUUAUGCAGCACACGAGUUUUCUACUUAAAGCAAGUUUUGUAAGAAAAGUUACACACAUACACAUGCCUGCCUUAAAUUUCACUAGUUUACAUUGAAUUUAUAUUUUAUCCUUCUGUUGUAUUAAAAAGUGUGAAGAUUUAUCCUUCGCGUUAGCUCCUUUUUCAUAUGUUCACUGGUUUCUUUAUUACACGUGACUUACCCUGAACACACAUUGAUUAUAGUAGAAGUAGAAGUCGAUUUUUAAGUGAUUCUUUGUAUUCUUUUUUGCAAGAGUGAAAUCAUACUUUAAUUAUUUUAUCAUCAAAGUAAGACUGAAGAAAUGAAAACUCUUGAAUCUAUUUAUUGAGCUAUUAUUAUUUGUACUCUUGUUUCAUAAUCACUAGGUAACUCGACUAUUAUGUUUUCAUCUUCCGUUUAUUGUAAACUCUUAUUUGAACCAUUAACUAUUAAUAUUUGUCACAUUAUUCUAAAAUUAUUCCUAAUCGGGUAGUUAUCGCAUGGCUGAUUCAUUGGUAUUUUUAGUCUGUUUUUGUGUACAACGGUGAUUUUCAAUUUUCUGAUAUAUUCCGGUAUAUCUGUAAAGAAGCCCACGUGUGCUUAGAAUAAUAAUAAUAAUAAUAAUAGAUACUCAAACACUCUCUCUAGGAUUUAUUCACAAAUUAAGAUAUCAAAUUUCAGUGUUACACGAUGAAUUUCUCCGAGUUUUUGAAGAUUUCAAAGAAUUUGAACCACACUAUUUUCCAUAUUCUCUUGAUAUUCAUGGAAGCUUACGAUUACCAUCAGAUGUAAAUAAUAAAUAUGCUAUCUGAUAAAAGCUUAAAUGAUUUAUUUUUGUAUGAAUUAAAAAGUUGAAGAUGUAUAUAUAUGACGGUAAUUCGUUGUUUGUUAACUCACCGUCAUCCAAUGUAAAACUGGUGUGUUCUUUUUUUUUUAUAUGAUGGUGUUAUUAAUUGGUGUCAUUACAUGACGAGUUCCAUGUAUAUUGGAAUGAAACAGCUGUACACUAUGCUCCCCGGAUUUCGAUGAUACCAUUUUAACUUUGAUUAGUCCAUGAUGAGAUACACAUCUACAAAGAAUGUAAAUAAUGUUUAUAGCUUGAACGGUUGAGUCGAAACGUAUUAAAGCUGAUACUAUGACAAUCAGUCGAUUGACUUUCAGCAUUGUCAUACAACAUGUAGAUUGUACACAAUAAUCAAUACUUAUCAUUCCCAUUUUAUUUCCAUGCAUGAAUGAGUUUCUAUAUAUAUUAUCUGUUAUAAUUAAACAUUUCCUGGAUUAAUCACGUUAGUUAAAUCACUCCACUUAUACUACUAUUACCACUGCUUUCUAUACUACUUAUAUACUUUGCUUGAUUAAACGUUUAUUUCUCAUUUUCUAUGUUGUAUAUUUACUGAUAGUGAUUCAUGUAGACCAUCUCAUUAGUAUUCAUUUUUCUCCACUGAUUAAUCGAUAUAUCCUGUGAUUUUAUAUUUUCUAUCUUCAUUUAACGCAUAUAACUACAAAUGCAUAGUUUAAAUUAGUUAUAUUGCAUUAUAUGUAUAAAUACGGUAAAAUUCUGAUUUAGUCAUAUGUUCUCUGUUCAUGUGUGUAUACACUACAGUUCACUGAUAUAUCAGUACUUAAAGUUUAUUUAAAUUAUUAUCUCUUGUGAUGAUGAUAUCAUUAAACUAUUUAUUUAAACACAUAAACAUUGGUACAAAAAGGCACCACGAUGAACUUAAUUUGUGUAUGGACUAUGAUACUGCCCGGGUGCCCGAACUGAAAUAGGUGGUUUGCUGAGGGAGCCACAUCCAGAGCCUUCGAUCUAAAGGUCUGAUCCAAAAGGCGGUGGAGCAACGUCAGGUGACGCAGUCCCCAUGGUAGUCGGUGACCAACAAUAGAUUCGCACGCAAUUUGUUCCUUCAAGAUACUGGAGCCCAUGUGUACCAUUGGUUUGGAAUGAUGGUUUUCCAACUCCCCUAUGUGGACUCUCCGUAUCCACCAACCCAGUUAAUGCUCCGGACAUUCGGUUUUCGUGCCCUUAAUUUCGUAAGCAACAUCCAUGGUGCGAGAAUGUAGUGAGUAGGACUUCGCUGGUAGUGAUUGUAUGCAUGUGACCAUGUGAGAGCGUUCGGACGGGGAGGAGAACUGACUUUCCACACUCUCAGCCGUACCAGGGCAUUUGGAGGCAUAUCAUUAAGUUAGUGAAAUGUGGAGUUAGUCUAAAUCUAAUUACAAGUAUAAUUGAUAUAAACACAUCUAGUUCUGUAUGCCAAUGUUUAAACAGUGAGUAUCAGUAAUGGUUACUCCACUGAAUUCAAUUAAACGAAGUUGGGGACAUUUAAUCAUUGUUUACUAACCUAUUGAUUUAAAGACAUUUUGCUCAUCAUGAAACAUGAAUGUUUUGUAGCUUUCGAUGAAUGAGUUUAUUACAACUAGCUUUGGGUGUGAUAUAAAUAACGUAGUCAAUCGAAACCAAAUAACCAACCCUUGUUAUCAACAAUUGUUGUCCUAAGCAAUAUGUUUUUCUGUGUGCGUCUGGGUGUGUGGGAAUGCUGAUUUCGAUGACUUGUUAAGUAAUAAUAAUACAAUUAGGUCUUCGUAAAUCUAAAUUUAACUUAUUUUUCUAAGUAGAGAUUUUGAAUCAGGCUCUCGGUAAAAGAGAGGGAGGGAGAGAGAAAUAGAGAUAGUAGUGCUAUUCAGUUUUUCUUCAGAUUGAAAUAGUUGGAAAUGAGUUCGAACUUAUGGUUUACUGACUGAAAGUCGAUUACUUUCACGGUUAGGCCACUGCUGCUAAUUUUGCUUCAUUAGAAUUCUAUAUUCUAUUAUAUCUAAUUAUAUCGCAUUUGUUUUCUUCUGAAUAUAUUCGAUCAACAGUGUACUAAAUUUUUUUAAAGUCUUUCUCAUACUUUCUAGAAAUAAAAUGACCUGAUUAGAUACAUCAAUAAACUAGAAAACACAUGUCCUACAAUUCUUCAAUUGUACAUCAUAGUUACUAAUGUUGUGUUGGUUAAUGUUUAUGUGUAGUUGCACAUAAAUGAGUUUUUUCUGCAUAGUUUCUAGUAUUUGUUUGUGUAACUCAGUUAUGGUGUGCUGUUUGGUUAAUUAUAAUAACUUUAAAAAAAAUAUAUUUUUCAUGUCAACUAAUUAACUAUAAUACUAUUUUUGUCUAUCACUCUAACAUCGUAGUUUCGCAUAAUUCGAGUUUUGUUUCAUUCUUUUCAUCUCGUUAAGAUGCAUAUAUUUGUGUGACUUUUUUUGUUAUACACUGCAUUCCCCCCUCCUCCUUAGUUUAUGUAAAGAGGUUGCUGUGGCUAUCUAAUUACUACUUUUUUUUAAAUGUUUCAUUUAACCUUCAUACAAGAUAUGUAUAUGCAUGUUUUACAUGGUUUUUUAUUAAAUUACUGUGAGCAAAUAUAAGUAGUAUAAAAUGUUUGAGCAAAUUAAACAUAAAAUGACUCGUGCACCUUGCCUUCGAAACACACCUUUCGUAUGUUUGAGAGCUAGGGUGGAUAUCCUACUGACCGAGUAUAACCAAGCACAAUUGAUUUGGUUUCAUUGAUCUAGUAGCAGUAACUACUGAGUCUUCAUUAUUAUAAAACAAACAGAGUUGACGAUUAAGUACAAUGGUAUUUCAUUUAAAUCUUGAACCGAUCACUGUUAGAUCACUGUUAUAUUUGUUGACCUAAAAAAAUUCAAGAUCAUGAUUCUAACUCAAAAAAAUAAUUUGGUUGUUUUUGCGCAUAUUUUACUUAUAUGUGUGGAAUUUUCACCUUUUCUUUAUAAUCUUCACUUCUUGUCCUCUUAUCCCUAUUUUUUUUUAGAUCCAGAGGAAAUAGACAUCGAGUCUCAGCUAGAUCAACCUCCAAUUCUAAGAAAUCGAAAGCAAAAUACUAGUUUCCGUCAUGCCGUAGAUCGUUCAUUUUACCCUACUUCUACUACCACUACUACUGCUGCUGAUACUACUACCGCAUACUAUAAUUCAUUUGAUACGAAUGCUUCCCCAUCAUCUUCUGCUCCCCCCAUACCACCACAUCGUCCGCGUAGUGAAAGCGGCACUCGUGACAAGUUGUCUAAUAAUCCUCAGCAUAAAAAUUCCAGCAAAACAAAAAACUCCAAUCCCUUACCUGAAAAAUCCACAGGUUCUAUUUUAUUCUCUUCUUCUCCUUCAGUCUACAAAACAAUUGAUAAACUUGAACGUGCUCAUUCGAAAUCUCGCCCAGAAAUUCAUUCAAAUAAUUCUGUCUUAGUCAAAGAUUCAAAGUCAUCGUCACAUUCCAUUUCAAAUAAUAAUCCUCCUACUGAACAAAAACACAGGAAAAGUGGGCGAAUAAGUUUAAAAAAUCUCUUCAGAAUUGGUAAUUCUAAAACUGAAUCCGAAUUGAAUGGUGACUAUUUAUUACAUAAUUCUAAUCAAUCUAAAUCAAUAUCGGAGACAUCAACUAUUCUAUCUAAAAAACAAUUACGACGCCUUUCAGUUCCAGAAUAUCAAUUUACUAGUAAUCGUUUAACAUCAACAAAAUUAAUCGAUAAAAUUCAUGAAAAGAACAGUUAUAAUAAUUCUACUUCUACCACUACCACUACUACUACUACCAUUCCAUCUGUUCAGCAAAUCUUUAAUCAUUCAUCUAAUCAGUCAAAAUUAUCUAACACUACUCAUUAUAUGGAUUCUAAUAUAAUUUGUAAUGAUUCUAUGUACAAAACAAUAUCACCGAAUAUAAUGCAUAAUCAUCAUCAUAAUAAUUAUAAGACUAUCUCUGUAAAUCAUUCAUACUGUCCUCCACCUGAUAUUAGUCCACCUCCGCUACCACCUCGUGUCAGUUAUACAACACCACCUAUAUUAACAACGAAAUCGAAUCAUUCCAAAAUGAUUAAAUAUCGUCCACUGCCAGAAGAGCGAUCUAAUAAUGAUCCUCGAAUGAUUGAUGAGACAAAACAGAAUAGACGCAAAAAAUCAUCAUACUCAAUGACCACAUCUGUUAUCUCAUUCCAUUCAACUACUCAUCAAUCAAAAUCAUCUCCAAAAAUCACUUCAACAGCUUCGUCUCCGACUUAUUGCUUAGCAUUAAACACUGUUGAACCAACUGUAUUAUCAACAAGUAUUAAAAAAUCGAAUUAUGGUCAUGAUGACAAUAACGCAUUAGUAACUAACGACAAUCCUCGUAGUCGUCGUCGCCGUCAUCAUCAUCAUUAUGAACAUCAUAAAAAUUCUAACCAACAGGAUGGUAUUCUCACCGAAAGUUCCACUAAAUCCCAGGUUUGUAAAAAAAAUGUUUUUUUUUUUAGAAAAUGAAAUUUGUAAAAGUUUAUCUUCGAACUGAGGAAGAUUUUUAAAUCAUGAUGAAAAUUACUUCAAUCACGUAUUGAUAUCAUCACAUCUUUGAUGAAGUCGUGGAUAUUAACUUUUUUUUUGGAGUUGAUUAUAAACGAAAUGAUAUCAAUUUCUUUAAAUGCACGAGAGCAAUUAUCACUUUUCAGUGACCCACAUGGUAGGAAGACACUUCUUCUUGGUAGGGGUAGGUGAUUUCAAUGACUUGGGAUCGUAACUCCAAUGCUCAUAGGACAACUGUUAGAGGACAGUCACAUACGCCUUUAAAUUUAUCAGCACUGUGAUUUCCAAAUCUAAUGACUUGCAAUAGGAAUGUGUGGAGCAAGAUGAGGAGUGUUGUUUUUAUGUUCGACCUUUUCCAACCCCCUUUUUCCCUUGUGGAAACAUGUCACUGGUGUCACACCCAUAUCUGUUUGAGAGCUCGACCUCGCCUUCAGACCAUUAGUUAGUUGGUUUUAAUCCUUACCAAGUUAUCCAACCAACUUGCUCAGAUGGUAGGUCCAAAACAACAGGUGUUUCAGCCAAUGUGGGUCAUUACAAUAAACAAACUCGAUCACAUUGUCAAGAUAACAAUUACGGUUAGGUUGAGUAGUUCCAAACUAUGAUGAAACAUCUCUUCAGUAAUGGUCCUAUGAUGAAAACUGUUUCCAAAAAGCUAUGAUUAAAUACUAUAAAUACUAUCCGUAACCAGAAUUACCUGAUUAAUUGUAUUCAGAGACUUAAUAUAAUGUACUCUCACCAUUGAAUUGUGUAACAUUUUAAUUCUUUUAACGUCACUGAUUAUCCCAGUUAUCAUUAUUUAGAUUGUUCUUUUUUAAUUUCAAGUGAAUCUUUGCAACGAAACAAUAUAAAGAUGUUUCAGUCAAGAACAGAUUUUUCUUUCGAUGACAUCAUUUACUUGUAGAUUCGUAUUACCUCUCUUAAUGAUGCUAUAAUUCUCUAUUAUUAUCAUCGACUAGUACAUUUAAAAAUACAAAUGUAUAGCUAUAUUAAAUGAAGUGCCUCUGAUCAUACAGGACCAUGUACAACAUAAGUAACCUGCUUUUUUUUUCUGGGAUAACAGGAUAGUUCCUGACGGUCAUCCUGGUCGGCAUAUAUCAAUAAUGUACACUUUGGUUUUUAGAGAAAGAAAAUUUACAUUUUUGACAAACAAACUUAACUUGUUACUAAUAUAGAAAUGUAAUAUCGUAACUGUAACAUUCAUAAAUCGGAAUUUCUUGCCUGUAUUUUCUAAUAUUUCAGACACCUGCUAUUUACAUGAAUUCUAAGCAGAUAAGUAAAGAUUAUAAAAAAUCUACUCCAUCUCCUCAUCGUUCACGUUCAACACAUGCUCGUCUACCAUUGAAUAAAAGUCAACCUAAUAAUCAUGAUAAUAUAACAACAACAACAACAAACACAGUAGCAACAAUAAUGUCAACAACGAAUUCACCUGAAUCUAUUCACUAUUAUCAAGCACCAGUAAUUUCUAGUCAUUCAGCUAUGUCAACUCCUCGUCGUCAUCGUCGUUUACAAGAUGGUCGAAAAUCAGAAUAUCAUAUCAAUAAUAGGUAAUACAAAUAUAAAUUACGAUGAGUCAGUUAUAUGGAUUUUACUAAAAUAACUAUUGAAAGCUAUAAAGCACUGAACAACAGUUCCAUUUUAUUAUAUGGACUCUUCAACAGCAGUGCACAUCCAGGACCAAAUUUGAGAUCGUAUCCAGGUUUAUCGACAAAUGCUUAACGAUUGCUGUCGUAUUUUUGAGAUUCACCUAAUAGUGAAUAGAUCAUCUCACUCAUGCUUCACGUUGACGACUUCAAUUUUGUGCAUGCUUGCUGUUUGUUUUAAAUUGUAUUCUCUUUCUAAAUAAUGAAUUCCAACCGUUUAAACUACAAACCAAUGUAGAUGAAAUAAGUAAAUACAUAUUGACUGGAAAUCUUUGAAACUGAUUGAUCACUGAGUAGUAGGUGAGUAAUGCUGUUCUUCCUUAGUCCUUAUUGUGUGCGCUUCGGAUUAUUGCAUCGAUCAAUGACGCAAUAUGUGACCAGUAAACUUGAAAGUCUCAUCGUCACCUAUCUUCUAUUUUGAUGUAAAGUAUAUGAAGGGAAUUGACAGGAAGUUGUGACUAGAUCUCCUAGAUUUUGUAUAAGUUGGGACAAGACAAAUUACAGUUGUUGGGUCACUGAGAUUGUGUUGGAUUCGUCUUAGUUGAUUUAUAUUGAAUACUGUGUAUGUUAGUGUGUGGAUUAUUAUACCAGUUGUUAAGGUCAGAAAAGUUGUUUGAUGAACUUCCCUCUGUGCUGUUGUAGUUCAGCAACCGAUACACAUAUGUGUCAGGUUGUAUGUUGCUUGCUUAUCACUGAAUGGAUGAAUUACGUAUAAGGAUUAGUUUAUCGUGUUUAUCUAUGUGAGUGUGUGAAGCUGAACAGUUAUCCAGUGUUCCCUAGAUGUUUGGCUAGUACAUUUUUUUAAUAGUUGAGAUCGUGAGUCAAUUGAAGUUAGACCACCAUGGAAAACCUGGAAUCACUGGAUGGCCGUCUCGUCCUAUUGUGGGACUCUUCAGCAGUGCACAUCCACGAUCCCACCUCGCGAUAUUCGAACCCAGGACUUAUAGGUCUCGUGCGCGAACACUUAACCUCUAGACCACUGAGCUGGCGUCCAACGGUGUUAAUGCUUGUGUUCUGUCUUGUGGGGUACCGUAGAUUGAAGUGUUUGGUCGCGCAUGCCACUUCAAUUAUCUUGGAAUCCUAACGGGUUUGUUCUUAAUGUUUGACGUCUUCAAAUAAUUGCUAAUUUCUCCUGGAACUAUCGGAUAAAAAUUGUUAGUCCUAAACGUAGGAUGAGAAAUUAGUUGACAAAUAUUGAAUUUUCACCUAUUACAGUGGUUUUGGCGCUCAUGAUGUGCAUUCUACUUGCAAGCACGUUCGCUGGUGUAAGAUUAUGUUGGAAUAAAGCUAGGGGCGGCUAAAUUAAUAUAUAACAUCUGUUUAGAAGACUACUGAAUAUUGGCCUGGACCGGAAAUACGUGGUUAAGGUUGUAACCAACAGUCAAUAACGUUAGUUGAGAUUGCACAUACAUACUAGGUUCUACCUUGUUUAAUAUCGACUGACUGAGGUAAUUUAUAAUCCAG